AUGGUGGAUGUGAAAUGCCUGAGUGAUUGUGAACUGCAGAAUCAACUGGAAAAGCUUGGAUUUUUACCGGGCCCAAUACUACCUUCCACCAGAAAAGUGUAUGAAAAAAAGUUAGUGCAAUUGUUGGUCUCGCCUCCCUGUACCCCACCUGUGCCGAAUGGACCCAGAAAGUCAAAUGGACCUCAGGACAAGAGUGAAGCGUUUAAUGUCCUUUUGAAAGAAAAACUCAAACUCUCAACAGAAAAAUGCAAGGAACUCAAAAAAAGACCCAAGAUUGCCAACAUUAAAACAAAAGCAGGAGACUUCUACUACUGUGGUCGGAAGAUUCCCAAGAGAUCAAGGAGCGCUGCAAGAGCACCGCAGACCAGGAUCAACCUCGACACUGUCAGCGAAGAUUGUCUGUGCUCUGCACUGGGCCACGGGAUGACUCAGGAGUGUGAUGAGUGCUGUUUCCCCAUGGGCUUGAAGCUUGCUAUCCUUGGCAUCCUCCUCAUUGUUGUAUUUGUCUACUUAACUGUGGAAAGAGAACCACUCUUUAGAUAA